UUCCACUCCCCCAACAUCAUGGCCGAUGACGAUACCCCGACAGAAGCACCUUUUGGCGGCGGUGGCCUGGCUGCUGUGAGCUACUUUUCAAGUUCGUACUGGGUUGGGUUCUUGAUCAUGGUCAGUGGUGUCGUGGUUCCUCUGGCGUACAUGUUUGUCCAGAACAAGAAGGCGUUCAAGAGCGUGCGGCGAGACUAACAUCUAUCGAUGCGACUUCACGCAAUGGGAUCUGUGUUACACGAACGUUAUAUAUAUAAGCUGCUGCCACGGCGGCAAAGUCCCUAAGAUUCUUCCUAUCCAUCCACCAUCGUCGUAUUGGCUUGUUGAGUUUACACCUUCAUGCUCACGCGUUGGGUCGUGGUGAGGGAAAACUUUUCGAUA